GAUAUGACAAGUGAUGGUGCUGUUACGUUUUGGAUAUUUUUGCUUUGUUUGAUCGGAACGCCGCAGCUGAAGGGCAGCGAGGCGGGCAGGCCGGAUGAGCUGCAUAUUGGCGGCAUAUUUCCAAUUGCCGGCAAAGGAGGAUGGCAGGGUGGGCAGGCGUGCAUGCCGGCCGCAAGACUGGCAUUGGAUGAUGUCAACAAGGAGCCAAAUCUUCUGCCCGGCUUCAAGCUCAUCCUGCACAGCAAUGACAGCGAGUGCGAACCGGGUUUGGGCGCCAGUGUGAUGUACAAUCUAUUAUAUAAUAAGCCGCAAAAGCUGAUGCUCUUGGCGGGCUGCAGCACUGUCUGCACCACCGUUGCGGAGGCGGCCAAAAUGUGGAAUCUAAUUGUGCUCUGUUAUGGCGCUUCAAGUCCUGCUUUAUCCGAUCGCAAACGUUUUCCAACACUGUUUCGCACCCAUCCCUCGGCCACGGUGCACAAUCCAACGCGCAUCAAACUGAUGAAAAAAUUCGGCUGGUCACGCGUUGCCAUUCUACAGCAAGCCGAAGAGGUAUUCAUAUCGACCGUGGAGGAUCUUGAGAAUCGCUGCAUGGAAGCUGGCGUCGAAAUCGUAACUAGACAAUCAUUUCUAUCCGAUCCAACAGACGCCGUACGCAAUUUAAGACGCCAGGAUGCCCGCAUCAUUGUGGGCCUCUUCUAUGUGGUGGCAGCAAGACGUGUUCUCUGCGAGAUGUACAAGCAGCAGCUCUACGGGCGUGCUCAUGUCUGGUUCUUUAUAGGCUGGUAUGAGGACAACUGGUAUGAGGCAAAUCUGGAGAAUGAGGGCAUCACGUGCACAGUGGAGCAAAUGCGCAUUGCUGCCGAGGGACAUCUGACAACCGAGGCUUUAAUGUGGAAUCAAAACAAUCAGACAACAAUAUCGGGCAUGACCGCUGAAGAGUUUCGACAUCGACUGAAUCAUGCGCUAAUCGAGGAAGGCUACGACAUAAAUCACGAUCGCUAUCCGGAGGGCUAUCAGGAGGCACCGCUGGCCUAUGAUGCUGUCUGGAGUGUGGCAUUGGCCUUCAACAAGACAAUGGAACGCUUAACAACCAGAAAGAAAUCGUUGCGAGAUUUUACGUAUACAGACAAGGAAAUCGCCGACGAUAUAUAUUCGGCAAUGAAUUCAACACAGUUCUUGGGCGUUUCUGGCGUGGUGGCAUUCAGCUCUCAGGGCGAUCGAAUUGCGCUCACACAAAUCGAGCAGAUGGUGAAUGGAAAAUACGAGAAGUUAGGCUAUUACGAUACACAGCUGGACAAUCUAACUUGGCUAAAUACGGAGCAAUGGAUAGGCGGCAAGGUGCCUCAGGAUCGCACAAUUGUUACCCAUGUCCUAAGAACGGUCUCAUUGCCGCUAUUUGUUUGCAUGUGCACCAUCUCCUGUUGCGGCAUCUUUGUGGCCUUUGCUCUGAUCAUCUUUAAUAUAUGGAAUAAGCAUAGAAGAGUAAUACAAUCCUCGCAUCCAGUUUGCAAUACGAUCAUGCUAUUUGGCGUUAUCAUCUGCCUUAUAUCAGUCAUAUUACUGGGCAUGGACGGACGCUUUGUCAGUCCGGAUGAAUAUCCUAAGAUCUGUCAAGCUCGUGCUUGGCUAUUAUCCACCGGUUUUACAUUAGCAUACGGUGCUAUGUUCAGCAAAGUCUGGCGUGUGCAUCGAUUUACAACAAAAGCAAAAACUGACCCAAAGAAAAAAGUGGAACCUUGGAAGCUAUACACCAUGGUUUCGGGGCUCUUAUCAAUAGAUUUAGUAAUAUUAUUGUGUUGGCAGAUCUUUGAUCCGCUGCAGCGUAUACUUGAAACAUUCCCACUCGAAGAUCCAGUAUCUACAACUGAUGAUAUUAAAAUACGUCCAGAGCUUGAGCAUUGCGAAAGUGAACGCAAUUCUAUGUGGUUAGGACUUGUUUAUGGCGUUAAGGGUCUUAUAUUGGUAUUUGGUCUGUUCUUGGCCUAUGAGACACGUUCGAUCAAAGUGAAACAGAUAAAUGACUCACGCUAUGUGGGCAUGAGCAUCUAUAAUGUGGUCGUGCUCUGCCUGAUUACAGCGCCAGUUGGCAUGGUCAUUGCAUCGCAGCAGGACGCAUCAUUCGCCUUUGUUGCACUAGCUGUGAUAUUCUGUUGUUUCCUAAGCAUGCUGCUGAUAUUUGUGCCAAAGGUCAUUGAGGUCAUACGACAUCCAAAAGAUAAAGCCGAAUCCAAGUAUAAUCCAGACUCGGCCAUAUCCAAAGAGGAUGAGGAACGCUAUCAAAAACUAGUAACCGAAAACGAGGAACUACAACGAUUGAUAACACAGAAAGAGGAAAAGAUACGAGUAUUACGGCAACGGCUUGUCGAGCGGGACGUGAAUACGAAGGGCACAGAACUGAAUGGGGCAUCUGGUCCCGGAAUCGGAGCUGGCGGUGCCAAUGGUAACGGUAACGGUAACGGCAAUGGCGGCACAGCAACAACCUCGCUGGCAAUCCAGCCACUGGCUACAAACAUCAUCAGCACAGCUGCCUCAGCGCAUCCCACGCCCGCAGCCACACUCGCAAUCACACAAGUUAAUUUAUUAAGUUAUGCAAUCAGCGGUCGUGCCAACAGCUGGCUGGGCGUUAAUGCCAAGCUGGAGGAACGGUUCUCGUGGAAGCAGCUGACCUUCGAUUGGCCCAACGCCGAGGCCGAGGCGGAGGCCAAGCAGAGCGGCCACUACAUUGCAGAGAACAAUUUGCCACUUGGCGUGGAGCGCUGGGAAAACAAAAUCUUUGUCACUGUGCCAAGAUGGAAGGCCGGUGUUGCAGCCACCUUAAACUACAUUGAUCUCUCGACAACCGAGAAAUCACCAAAGCUACGUCCCUAUCCCAGCUGGGAGGCCAAUAAGUUGCCCAUCGAUGUGCAGCCACAAGAGCAGAAGACGCCAUCUGGCGGACGUUUGGAUGCGGAAAAGGCGCAGGAUGUUGGCGUUCAAUUGCAGAACAAUGCAACAAUCAUUUCCACUUUCCGCAUAAGCGUUGAUGUCUGCGAUCGCCUCUGGGUGCUGGACACUGGCCUGGCCGAUAUCUUGGGCAAUCCCAAGCAAAUUACACCCAGCUCGAUAUUGGUAUUCGAUCUGAAGACAGAUCAGCUGCUGCGUCGCUUUGCCAUACCCGCCGAUCAGAGCAAGGAGGACACAUUCUUUGCCAAUAUUAUUGUGGACGUGGACCGUGAGCAGUGCGAGGAUGCGUAUGCCUAUGUUCCAGAUUUGGGCGCAUACGGCGUUAUUGUCUAUUCGCUCAGGGAUGACAAAUCGUAUCGAGUGAAGCACAAUUACUUCCACUUUGAUCCGCUGCAGGGCGAUUUCAAUGUGGCCGGCGUCAACUUCCAAUGGACCGAUGGCGUCUUCGGCAUGGCCAUUGGGCCCUUGAAUCCGGAUCAUACCAAGGACGUGUAUUUCCAUGCCCUGGCUAGCACCAAGGAGUUCAAGGUCUCCAAUCGUGUGCUCCAAAACGAAAGUCAUGUGAAUGGCGGCGAUUCGUAUUAUGAUUUCAAGCUGAUCGGUGAUCGCGGCAUGAACGGACAAUCGACAGCCGAAUCGUAUGAUAAGGAGACGGGCGUACUCUUCUACACGCAGGUGAACAAAGAUGCCAUCGCCUGCUGGAAUGUGAAGCGUCCAUAUACGACCGACACGCAGGGACUAAUCGAGUCCGAUUCGCAUACUUUGGUCUUUCCCAACGACCUGAAGGUGGACAACACUGGCAACCUCUGGGUGCUAUCCGAUCGCAUGCCCACCUAUCUGUACAAAGAGUUGGAUCACAAUGAACUGGACUUUGCAUUCUCGGUUGCUGCUUUUGUUUUCUUCUCAUCCUCCAGCUCUUCGGCCAAGCCGCAGGAACAAUUCUUGCAUGCUUUGCGUUUGCCUGUGGUGCUGCAAACACGCAAUCCAGCUGGAUCUGGCUUUUGUUUGUCCUCCUCAUCGAGCAGUUCUUCCUCAUCGAUUAGCUCCUCAUCAUCGCCGCUUAUCUUCCACACAUUCAUGCUGGGUGAUUUCUUGGCGAACGAUAGGCGAGCCGAUGAGCCGAGCUACAGCCAAUUUAAUUUAAACGCCGUUGCCGCCGCACCGCCCGCCAUUGUCUACGAGAACGCAGCCGUACCAGCAGCCGGCAGCAAUAGCAACUCCGUGGACCAUAGUCAGCUGCACAGCCACAGCCAGGAUAUGCCGCACUUUGGACUGGGCAGUGCGCCGCCGCCGCAACAGCAGCUACAAGUGCAUCAUCAACAACAGCAGCAGCAGCAGCAACAACAGCAACAACAGCAGCAACAACAACAACAGAUGCAGCUAUCCAUGCUGCCGGUUGCUGUGCCAGGUCCAUACCGGUCGCACAUUGAGGAAAAGAAGCUGACGCGCGAUGCCAUGGAGAAAUAUAUGCGCGAGCGCAACGACAUGGUCAUCGUCAUAUUGCAUGCCAAGGUCGCACAAAAAUCCUAUGGCAAUGAGAAGCGCUUCUUUUGCCCCCCACCGUGCAUUUAUCUGUUUGGCAGUGGCUGGCAGCGACGCUACCAGGAGAUGCUGCAGCAGGGCGAGGGCGAGCAGGGGGCGCAGCUAUGCGCGUUCAUUGGCAUUGGCAGCAGCGAUCAGGAUAUGCAGCAGCUGGAUCUCAAUGGCAAACAGUAUUGUGCGGCCAAGACGCUGUUCAUAUCCGAUUCGGAUAAGCGCAAACACUUCAUGUUAUCGGUGAAAAUGUUCUAUGGCAAUGGCCACGACAUUGGUGUGUUCAAUUCGAAGCGCAUCAAGGUCAUCUCGAAGCCGUCCAAAAAGAAGCAAUCAUUGAAAAAUGCCGAUCUGUGCAUAGCCAGCGGCACCAAUGUCGCCCUCUUCAAUCGCCUGCGCUCCCAAACUGUCUCCACGCGCUAUCUGCAUGUGGAGAAUGGACACUUUCAUGCCUCGUCGACGCAAUGGGGCGCCUUCACGAUACAUCUGCUCGACGACAAUGAGUCCGAGUCGGAGGAGUUUCAAGUGCGCGACGGCUAUAUCCACUAUGGUGCGACAGUCAAACUGGUCUGCUCUGUCACGGGCAUGGCGCUGCCUCGUCUAAUCAUACGCAAGGUGGACAAACAGAUGGCGCUGCUGGAGGCCGAUGAUCCGGUAUCGCAGCUGCAUAAGUGCGCCUUCUAUAUGAAGGAUACGGAUCGAAUGUAUCUAUGCCUGUCCCAGGAGAAGAUCAUACAGUUUCAGGCCACGCCGUGCCCCAAGGAGCCCAACAAAGAGAUGAUCAACGAUGGCGCCUGCUGGACAAUCAUAUCCACCGACAAAGCUGAAUAUCAAUUCUACGAGGGCAUGGGUCCAGUGGCAUCUCCGGUUACGCCAGUGCCAAUCGUUAAUUCACUGAAUUUAAAUGGCGGCGGCGAUGUGGCUAUGCUGGAGCUGAGUGGCGACAAUUUCACGCCGCAUUUGCAGGUCUGGUUCGGAGAUGUCGAGGCGGAGACCAUGUAUCGCUGCACAGAAACGUUGCUCUGUGUGGUGCCCGAAAUCUCACAGUUUCGUGGCGAAUGGCUUUGGGUGCGACAGCCGACACAGGUGCCCAUAUCGCUGGUGCGCAAUGAUGGCAUCAUUUAUGCCACUGGCCUGACGUUCACCUAUACGCCGGAGCCGGGGCCGCGUUCGCAUUGUAAUCAGGCUGAGGAUGUUAUGCGUACGCGUCACAAUAACAAUAACAUCACAGGCAUCAGCAACAAUAAUAACAAUAAUAAUAAUAAUAGCAACAGCAAUAAUAAUAACAACAAUAACAAUAACAGCAACAAUAGCAGCAAUUCACCAGCCAGCGGCUCCAGCUUACAGCAGAGCAUGCAGCAGCAAACGCAUCAAACACUGCCCUCGAUCUCGGCGGUGCAGUGGAACAGCCAUGGGAGCGGCUUGUCUUGAGUGCGGCAGUAUUUCUAUUAUUUGCAAUUCCAUCUACAUUUAUUUAUGCCAAGUUAUUUAAAGCUCUUCUAGCACACAUUUCUACCUAGUUCUUAAGCAACACCCAACACAUCUCUCUAUCAUUUAUUUGUAUUGCUUAUUUUUUUCAUUCUUUCUGAGAAAGCGAUUGAUUGUCCUGAAUGCAAAACGAACAAACCGAAUGAAAAUCUAUUUCAAGUUGACCAAUAUUUACAUAUUUUUUUGUAGUGCUAGCCGGUACCAAUAGAUGUAUGUGUAAAUGCUAAAGGAAAUGAAAUACUGAAAAACAAUACCGAAAACAUAACUGUACAUAACAUAACUCGAAAGAGCUCACUGACAUGAUGAAUUGUAACUCUAGUUAAAUAUACAUUUAUAUAAUAUACAUAUAUAUAAAUAGUAUAUAUAUAGAAGAUGUAUGUGCUGGGCCUAUGCGCUGUGCCCGAAUGUUUGCGACAUUUUAGUUUAUAAUAGAUCUAGAUAUCGCAAACACUUAAGAAUUGUUCACGCUUAAUUCACUUAAGCUAAGCUCAACAUAAGCCCAGCUCUAGACCAGAAAUAUAUAUGUAUAGAUUUAUAUACAAAGCAUAUAAUUUUGUAAGAUAACUGAAAAUAUGAAAGUUGUAAGCCUAAGAGAAACCCUAAAUUUAAAUAAAUAUAAAAAACAAACGAACAAA